CCGCCGACCGAACCGUAUUGUCGGUUGUUGCCGUACCGGCGUACCGUAUCGUAGUCCGUAUAAGUUUUGUUUUGAUCAACAGCGAUAGCUUAAUUAUUAAAAAAUAUUACUGUAGUUUAUUGAACCUAAUUGCUUUUAUUAUGAGUUUUACAGUAUGAGCGCAAUAUCUUACGAAGUCUUUAUCAUUGCUGCUGAACAGUUUUUAAAGAUAUCGCAAAAACUAAACGACGGAUGGCAACUGUUGCAACUACAAGAUAAAAGUAAGACAUACCUCAAGAAAGAGAGCUUUAAAGUUUGUGAAGAAACAGAUGACUCUACUCUUCUAAAAUUUGAGUAUGUAAUAUAUUACAACCAUAGUUAUGGCGUACCAUCAUUCAGUUUUAAUGUGUGGAACUCAACAGGAGCCCUCCUGACUUUGGAGAAUAUUAGACAAAUGUCUUUUAUCAGUAUCAGUGAAAAGGACAUUUACUCUGUUGUAACUCAACAGGAGCACCCAAUUUUCUUCCGUCCAUAUUUCAUGGUGCACCCUUGCCACACUGAAGAACUGCUCUUGGUUUUUAAGAACAAAUCAAAGAACAUUAUUGUGACAUUUCUUGGAUUAAUAAUUCCAUUGAUAAAAUUAGAUUUACCUGUAGAAUAUGGCUUGUAAGUUAAUUUUAUUUAUUUCUGAUGUUUUAUUUUAUUAUGUAGCUUACACUAUGUUUUUAUUUAUUUGUAAGCCGUUAUCGCUGAUUAUUUGUGAUUUAUAUGUAAGAUUAAAUCAAGUCGUUUCUGUACCAGCGUAUGCAGUAGACACAGUCAUAAUUUUUACCAGGGCACUGAAAAAAUUAAUAAUACAUAUAUUAUUUAGUAACUAAUAUUUUUUCGUACAAUAAAGUGUUUAUUUAAUUAC